UGUCCGCAUAAAAUGCGACGGCACGAAAUGGCAACGGAGCAACACGUUUGAUGACCAAAAUUUGGCCUCAGCAACAAAGACGGCUACCGGGCCUCAUUUGAAGCUAUCGGCCGCCGAUGCCUGAACCCAAUCCACCAGCGAGUGUAAAACACCACUAAUAAGAAGAGCCUUCUUCUGGGUUUGCGCUGAGCGUGACUGUAGUAUACUGCCUCCUAGUGGCCAAGGCAGCAGCACACUCCAUUGACUAAAGCCUGAACCCGAUUGUUGUUGCGAAAGGCCUGCCGCUGCCGACCCAUUGGCUUGCAUUUCAGAGGACAGGACCCGAGACGAUUCCCGAGACUUCAGAAGACGGGACCCGAGACGAUUCCCGAGACUUCUGCCCCACUUGUGCUCCGCAGUACACGGACAGUCCCAAGUCGGCGGGCGCAGUACCACGUUGGGCCACAACAUGCUGGGCAGCACUGAGCUCCACCGGAAGAGAUGCGUGCGGCGAGAAGAAGAGGCGGAGAAGAUCCCCGCCGACUAAUGGCUGUCCUUGCCGAUCUUGCCUUUUUGCCGUUGACCUCAAUCAACUCAACAGCGACUGCUCUCUUCCCGGCCGGCCACUCGCUGCGGGCGGCCCUUCUUCUCGCGGGCAUUCUUUAGCCGGGACGCGCGCCGGCUCGCCGGCUGGCUCGGGGCCGCCGUCCCCACAAAGCCGCCCAGUGUGUCGGCCCAACGGAAACUCUUAAUGAGAUUAGUCGACGGCCGCGGCGCAGACAUUACUCGGUCCUGACCGCAUGUCGCCCGCUUCCUGUUGGUUUGUUCCGAGGGAUGUGGAAAAAGUCCACGUUGUCACCAAUCUUCUUCUCUUUUGUUUUCACCCUGCGAGAUGACCGGAUGACACCAUGCAGUCAUCGGUUUUGGGAACAACUGUUGCUCGGAAGCCCACCGGAAGCACGAAAGAAGACAAGCUGCUAUUCAGAUAGAAAAAGGUGCUGCCUGCGUUCACUGGCUUUUCUCGGACGCCACGACUCGAGUACCUUGUGGAGCUCUGCGACCCCCUCGGCACUCAGUGCGCCAGCCAUGCCUCGCUUCACCGUCCACGUCCGAGACGAGUGGCUGACGGUGCCGUGCCGGGACAGCUCGUCCACCAUCCGCUGGCUCGGCCACGAAGCUCUCAAGCGCUACACCAAGAACAAGCCGGACAACGGCGGCCUCCCGGCGCUCAAGGACGCCCGCUUGGUGGUGCGCAGGUGCCAGGGGCUCGGCCUGCUCGACGCCGACGACACCAUCGACGACGUCCUGGAGGACAAUGACUUCGUCGAGCUGGCCAUCGAAGGCGACACCAUGUGCCCCGACUUCAUCCCGUGCGCGCCCGGAGUUUCCCAUCUCACAGCGGCUUACCGAGAACCUGAAGAUUCUAUUUGCCUGGAUGGCAACAGCCUGACCUCGACCGACUUGGUCAACUUGGGCAGAGGCCUCUACAAGAUAACGUUGGCCCCGGAGGCCGAGAGGAAAGUUGUGCAAUCCCGAGAGCUUUUGGACACCAUCGUCAAGGAAAACAAAGUCGUUUACGGGAUCACCACGGGUUUUGGCAAGUUUGCUCGAACCGUCAUUCCUGUCAGCAAACUCAAGGAGCUGCAAGAGAACUUGGUGCGCUCGCACUCGGCAGGGGUGGGCAACCCGCUGAGCCCGGAGAGGACCCGCAUGCUGCUGGCAUUGAGGAUCAACGUUCUGGCCAAAGGCCACAGCGGCAUCUCUCUGGAGACGCUUCACGCCAUGGUCCAGGCCUUCAACGCUUCCUGCCUCUCCUUCGUCCCCGAGAAGGGCACGGUGGGCGCCAGCGGAGACCUGGCGCCGCUCGCUCACUUGGCCCUGGGGCUGAUGGGCGAGGGCAAAAUGUGGUCCCCCAAGAGCGGUUGGGCCGACGCCAAAUACGUCCUGGAGGCCCACGGGCUAAAGCCAAUAUCGCUCAAGCCCAAAGAGGGCCUGGCUCUGAUCAACGGCACCCAGAUGAUCACCUCGCUCGGUGCGGAGGCGGUGGAGCGGGCCCAGGGCGUGGCCCGCCAGGCCGACAUCAUCGCCGCGCUCACCUUGGAGGUGCUGAAGGGAACCACCAAGGCCUUUGACAGCGACAUUCACUCGCUGAGGCCCCACCCGGGACAAACGGAGGUGGCCCUGCGCUUCCGCUCGCUGCUGGACUCUGAUCAUCAUCCGUCCGAGAUUGCCGAGAGCCACCGCUUCUGCGACAGAGUCCAGGACGCUUACACCAUGCGUUGCUGUCCUCAGGUCCACGGCAUUGCCAACGACACCAUCCAGUUUGUCUUGAACAUCAUCAACACCGAAAUCAACAGCGCCACGGACAACCCCAUGGUGUUUGCCGAAAGAAGGGAGACCAUCUCGGGCGGCAACUUCCACGGCGAGUACCCGGCCAAGGCUCUGGACUUUCUGGCCAUCGGGAUCCACGAGCUGGCCUCCAUCAGCGAGAGGAGGAUCGAGAGGCUGUGCAACCCGUCGCUGAGCGAGCUGCCGGCCUUCCUGGUCAACGAAGGGGGGCUCAACUCGGGCUUCAUGAUCGCGCAUUGCACGGCUGCCGCUUUGGUUUCAGAGAAUAAAGCUUUGUGCCAUCCUUCCUCUGUGGACUCCUUGUCCACUAGCGCCGCCACGGAGGACCACGUCUCCAUGGGGGGCUGGGCAGCCCGCAAGGCCCUGAGGGUGGUAGAGCACGUGGAGCAAGUUCUGGCCAUUGAGCUGUUGGCGGCCUGCCAGGGCAUCGAGUUCCUCCGCCCGCUGCGCACCACCACGCCGCUGGAAAAGGUCUACGACCUGGUGCGCAGCGUGGUCAAGCCCUGGAUUAAGGACCGAUUCAUGUCCCCGGACAUCGAGGCCGUGCAUCGUCUCCUGCUGGACCAGAAGGUGUGGACCGUGGCCAAGCCUUACAUCGACAAAUAUCAGACGGAGUACAUCCCGGAAUCCCGUCCCGUCUCUCCGACCGCCUUCUCGCUGGAGUCGCCUCCGUCGCCCAGGAAGCGCUGUCGCCACGAAUGAAGGGCGCCGACCACUGGCUCAUAAUUGAGCCCUCCUGUGUCGGGCAGCCCGCUUUUCCUCUGGCCUUAGUCACAAGCUGUCUGUCCGCUUACUUUUACUCACCUCCGCCGUCCGUCUGGGAGUCUGAUGGUAGCGCCAAAGAGGAAAAUUCAAACGGCGUCGGGACUCGGAGCACGUGAUGACGUUGGUCCUCUGGUUUUGCUGGAUGAAAAUGAAGAGGCGCUUUGGAGUUUCUAGUCGAGCGCAUUUGCUCUCGUUUUCAUCGGUCAACAAGUCCAAAUUCAGUCAGCGUGGUCGUCACGCGAGCGGCAUUUUGGUUCUCGUCUCGCCUGGCUCGCUGUCUGGCGCGCCAAAGUCUCCUCGACGGCGGCGUUUGCUCCUAAUCUUGGGUGACGUCGUGGCUAUUCCCGUUCACUUAGUAUGGCCUCACAUCUACCUCAGCCAUUGUACUUUGCUGUCCUUCCACUUUGAUAUUUCAAAUGCUGUUGUAUGAAAUGACACAUCGGGGAUCACGACUGUAUGUAGCCAGCAAAUACAACUUUGAAAAGAA